AUGAAUUCUAACAAGGAAUUUCCGAAUAACUUCGGAGCUUAUAUAUCUAAAGUUAAGAGGGAUAUUUUACAAACCAUUAAUGAAAAGAAUUCUGUGGGUAGUGUCACUAGGAUCGAUUGUCGUAAUUUGAAGUCUCAACUCUUCGAUGUGUCGGAAAAUGUGGCUUGUGAUUAUAAACACAUGAGCUCAUACACUUAUGACAAUCUAGACAGUGAAAUCUCCGCCGUAAAAAACAACAACUACACACAGUCGGUUAUAUAUUCGGGUGGCUUGUCGGGGACGUUAAGUUGUGAAGAAUGUUACUGCUUUACGUUAGUGAUACGUUCUCGAAUGCGCAUUUACUUUGGUUCCUGGCUACGUUUAGCUAAAGAUUAUAAAUCUGCACGUAUUUUACGUGACCAUAAUCUUCUCAAAUCAUCUUUACUCUUCUGGAAAUACGAAUUCGACUUUCGAAUCUCGCUAAAAUUUGCAAACAAAAAGGCUACACAUCAUCAUAACAUGAAUAUAAAGUCGCGCUCACUUUUUAUUUGGGUAUCUUACGUACAAAAAAGACGGAGAAGAAACAAGUCAAAAAGUAUGGCAAUUGCUAAUUAUCGUCUUCAGGCAUUGCAAAGCCACAUGACAUGUUGGAAAACGAAAUAUUUUCUAACUGGGAAAUCUGCUGUUGAAAAAUCCCUUUUUGCUGCAGCAAGAGCUCACGAUCGUCGGCAUAUUUUACGUAAAGCUUUAUUUGUUUGGAUGUUAAAACAUCAGUUUUGGAAACAAAAAAGAGUAUUACGUAGAACCGCACUAAAGUUUCUUCACAAUAAAUUGAACAAAGCUAUCAUGGUGUCAGUAAUUCAAGAGUGGUAUCACCAAAUUUUAGAUAUCCAAAUUUCAAAUAAACAUAAUAGUAAAUUUCAAGCUUUGAAAUCCAUAGCUCUUGUGCGAUGGUCUUUAUGCUUACAAGCAAAAGUGUGGAAGGCUUGGCAUUUAUGGAUUGGAAAACAAAAGUAUAAAAGAAAUAGACGAAAAACCGCUACCCAACGGUUUUAUGAGCACAAAACUGUCGACGCUCUAAGACUAUGGAUUACUGUGGCUUUGAAUAAACGUCAUGAAAGGCAUAUGAAGUACUGUUCAAAAUUUUGGAACAAUGACAUUCGUGUUUUUAAAUUAGUACUUAAUACAGCAACACGUUGGUACUGGUGGACGUUUUCUAGAGGAAUUAGUCAAAAUUUAAGUGAACUUAAUAUGAAUAGUAUUUGGGCUGAUAUUUCUGAAUUGACUAAUGAAAAUCGCAUAUCCAGACUUUCAGAAUGUGGCAAUAAUUUCAGAACAAUACGAAAUCAAGAACUAACACCUGCACGUUAUCCCGACUUCAUUCUCCCUGAACUACAUUCACUUGGGCUUACCAAUACUGUAGAAUUCGAACAAACAUCAGCUCAUGUACCUCCAUUAAAUGAAACUUUUCAUCAUGAGACGUCCAAUCGUCCAGAUAUUCAUUCCUGUGGUUAUUCAUUUCUCAACACACCAGAUGUUCAUGAAAUUAAUUUAUAUCUAAACUCUUUGUCGGAGCGGGUAUCUUACUACAGAAUGAUGAAGUCUAAAUAUAAACUGAUCUAUCGACGCCUUUAUUUAGAGGAUCAGAUAGAGAAUAAAGCUAAUUACAAUAAAGAGGGAUCUGUUGAUUUAUCUUUCAGUAUCACCUGA